GAGCGAGCGCAGAUUCGCAUCCGCUUGACACAUCGGUGUUGACAAAAUGAGUCACGUGACCCACACGAAGAUGGCGUAUCUCACUCUACAUUGCCGCCUCCUCUCGAUUCCUCUUGCGCCAACUCGGAUCUGUUUACGUUGCGACAUCGACGUUAACUAGCGUCUUAUUCUCCUCCCCUCGCGGCUUACCUUCAGACUCUAGAAGACUUUCUUUCUAAAAAUGCCACUGGAUGAGAAGAUUUUGAAAGCUACCUGCGCUUGACUUGAAAUGCAGCUGGAAUAACACCUUUGUGGAAACCGCGAGGCACUUGCGCGCGCGCGCGUCCUCAAGCUAGUCACGGAGACUGCAUCAGACUGGAGACACGGGCCGGAAAAUAAUAAUUACAAGAAGUGAAGAUCAAACGCUGUGUUCUUUGAUGCUCCUUGCUCCUCACCACCAUUACUGUGCACACCGACGACAGAAUUCUAGUGGAGACAUGUAGAACAUCGUCCUCGUCCUCUUCAUCCCAUCUUUUUUCUAAACCGACAUCAUCUGCUGACAUCGACACAAUGUGGCACAAAUAAUCAAAUAUGUGGAUUCCUACCGAAGAGGAGAAAAUCGGAGUUGUUAUCUGCAACUUCCGGUCACCGAUAUGUCAGGCCCUUGUCCUGGAAAUCGGGGAGACUGUCCAGAUUCUGGAGAAAAGUGAAGGUUGGUACAGAGGCUUUUCAACAAAGAAGCCUUCAAUCAAGGGUAUUUUCCCAGUCAGCUACAUUCACUUGAAAAAAUCCACAGUGACCAACAGAGGUUUGGCCACUAGGUGGCGGCACAGUAUUGUUACAUCUGAAAGAAGAGGAAAAAACAGGUUGUGUGAGACGGCGGUGCCCCUCGAGGACCCCAUCAUCACCGAGACCACCUCGACACUGCAGGAGUGGGGUGUCCUCUGGAAGCAACUCUAUGUGAAACAUAAGGUUGAUCUGUUCCACAAGCUGCGUCACGUGAUGAAUGAGCUCAUCGACCUGCGUCGGCAGCUCAUCCAGGGUCACCUUGCUCAGGACCAGACCCGUGAGAUCAAGCGGCACAUCACUGUACGCCUUGACUGGGGCAAUGAGCACCUUGGCAUAGACCUUGUGCCCAGGAAAGAGUUUGAAAUGGUGGACCCCGACCAGAUCAGCAUAUCCGAGCUUUACAAACUGCAUGUAUCCAGCAGACACUGUGGUCAGCAAAGCACAAACCAGGCCGAUAACGUGAGACAACGCCACGGCGACAGUUGCCGUGUCCCGGUGUCACACCACCUCUUCAUCAAUCUGAAGAGCUUCACUUACAACAGUAUCAGCGAGGACGCUGACGUCUUCUUUUCCCUGUAUGACACGCGAGAGGCCAAACAAAUCAGUGAAAAGUUCAUGGUGAAACUCAACAAAAAUGGAGGACCAAAGAAUCCCGAGAAAGUUGAUCGUCUUUGUGCACUCUUCACGGACCUAAGCAGUAAAGACUUGAAGAGAGACCUGUACAUUGUGGCACAUGUCAUGAGAACUGGUCGUAUGCUUCUGAACGACUCAAAGAAAGGCCCACCUCAUGUGAUGUACCGACGGCCGUAUGGCUGCGCUGUUCUUGCUAUGAGUGACGUUUUCCACACCAUCACUGACCUCAAAGAGGAGAAGGACUUUGUGCUCAAAGUUUAUACAUGUAACAACGAAAACGAGUGGUACCAGGUCCAUGAAAACAUCAUCCGCAAGUCCAACACCAAGUAUUCAGCUCCCAGCACCAAUUACGGCCUCAUCAUUUCUCUGCAGCUGUUGAGGGGCGAGCUGGAGCAGAUCAGACGGGAGAACCAAGCUGUGUUCAACCGAGCCCUGGCACUCACGCGGAAACUGGGUUUUCCAGAUGUCAUCAUGCCAGGUGACAUUCGCAAUGACUUAUACUUGACCCUGGAGCGAGGCGAGUUCGAGCGGGGUGGCAAGAGCGUCCAGAAGAACAUCGAAGUGACGCUCUAUGUCCUCUACGCCGACGGGGACACUCUCAAAGACUGUAUCAGUUUGGGCAGUGGGGAGCCCAACAUGACUGACUAUCGCUCCUUUGUCCUCUACCACAACAACAGUCCUCGUUGGAGUGAGAUGGUCAAACUUCCCAUUCCCAUAGAUCGCUUCCGAGGCUCCCACCUGCGCUUCGAGUUCAGACACUGCUCCACGAAAGACAAAGGGGAGAAAAAACUUUUUGGCUUUGCUUUCACUCCCCUUAUGAGAGAGGAUGGGACCACGCUGUCGGACGAGAGCCAUGAGUUGUAUGUCUACAAGUGUGAUGAAAGCGCCACCUUCAGUAACCAGGGCCUGUACCUCAGCCUGCCCUGCUGCAAGGAGGAUUUCAACAGUUGUCCCAACCUGCCAGCGAAUCUGCCUUUCCAGAGGAGCCCAAAAGAAACCUUUUGGGUUUCCACCAUACUCUGCUCCACCAAACUCACGCAGAAUGUGGACCUGUUGGCCCUUCUGAAUUGGAAGACCCACCCAGACAGGGUUCUGGACAUCCUCGGUCGACUGCGUCAGAUUAGCGGAGAGGAACUUGUCAAGUUCCUUCGAGAUCUCCUGGAUACGCUCUUCUGUCUUUUAGAUGACAACACAGAUAAAUAUGGACCUCUAGUUUUCCAGUCUCUGGUAUUUAUUAUCAACUUGCUCAGGGACAGCCGUUUCUACCACUUCCGCCCCGUAAUGGACUCUUACAUUCAAAACCACUUUGCUGGAGCUUUGGCAUACAAGGAGCUUAUUCGAUGCCUGAAGUGGUACAUGGAUCGCUCGGCUGAAGUUGUUCGACAAGAUCACAUCCAGGAAGCCAUGAGGGCUCUCGAGUACCUGUUCAAAUUCAUCGUCCAGUCCAGAAUUCUGUAUGCACGGGCCACCUGCGGGAUGGAAGAGGAGCAGUUUCGAGCGAGCAUCCAGGAGCUCUUUCAGUCCAUCCGCUUUGUGCUGAGCCUCGACAGCCGCAGCUCAGAGAACCUGGUCUUCACGCAGGCAGCUUUGCUGAACAGCUUCCCUGAUAUCUUUGAUGAGCUGCUGCAGAUGUUCACGGUUCAGGAAGUGGCCGAAUACGUCCGCGGAACCCUCGGAAGUAUGCCCAGCACUGUUGACAUUGGCCAGUCGAUGGAUGUUGUCAAACUGCAGUCGAUCGCGCGCACCGUUGAAAGCCGUCUUUUCUUCUUUCCUGAGUCUCGAAGCAUUUUGCUACCAGUUGUUCUGCACCACAUUCAUUUGCACUUGCGCCAGCAGAGAGAGCUCCUUAUCUGUUCUGGAAUCCUUGGCAGCAUCUUUUCCAUCAUCAAAAGCAGUUCUAUGGAGUCGUCUGUUCAGGAGGAAGUGGAGAUGAUGGUGGAGAGCCUCUUGGACGUGUUGCUCCAGACUCUGCUGUCAAUCAUGAGCAAGUCUCACUCUGUGGAGACAACCAGAGGACAACGUUGCCCCCAAUGCACCGCAGAGAUCACGGGGGAGUACGUGUCCUGUCUCCUUUCUCUGCUCCGACAGAUGACGGAGAUCCACUUUCAUCAUCUGCUCAACAACUUCCACAGCAAGGAGGAGCUCAAAGAGUUCCUGUUAAAGAUCUUCUGCGUAUUCCGCAACCUGAUGAAACUGACAAUCUUCCCUCGAGAUUGGAGUGUCAUGAGACUUCUCACCAGUCACAUCAUCGUUGUGACAACGCAGCUUCUUUCCCCGGCGCUGCACAAGAACUUUUCCGAGGCCGAUUUUGAUUUCAAGGUGUGGAACUCCUUUUUCAGCCUGACCGUGCUCUACAUCAAUCAGCCCAGUCUACAGCUGGAGGCGCUUGGGCCCGCCAAGAGAAAGAAAGUUCUGGACAAGUAUGGAGACAUGAGGGUACUGAUGGCGUAUGAGCUCUUCAGCAUGUGGCAAAAAUUAGGUGACAACAAACCCCACUUCAUCCCAGGAAUGAUGGGUCCCUUCCUGGGAGUCACCCUGGUCCCUCAGACUGAAGUUCGAAACAUCAUGAUUCCAAUUUUCCAUGACAUGAUGGACUGGGAGCAGAGGAAAAAUGGAAACUUCAAGCAGGUGGAGGCGGAACUGAUGGAUAAGCUGGACAGCAUGGUGUCGGAUGGCAAAGGCGACGAUAAUCACAGGGAGCUCUUCAGCCUUUUGACCCAGUUGUUUGGACCUUACCCAAGUCUACUGGAGAAGAUAGAGCAGGAGACCUGGAGAGAGACGGGCAUCUCAUUUGUCACAUCGGUCACAAGACUUGUGGAACGACUGCUGGACUACAGGGACUGCAUGAAAGGAGAUGAAGUCGAGAAUAAAAAAAUGGGUGGCUCUGUCAACUUUAUGAACUUCUACAAAUCGGAGGUCAACAAGGAGGACAUGUACAUCCGUUACAUCCAUAAGCUGUGUGACAUGCACCUCCAAGCAGAAGACUUCACAGAGGCCGCAUUCACCCUGUUACUGUACUGGGAGCUGCUCCAUUGGGAGGACCGCCCCCUGAAGGAUUUUCUCCACUAUCCCUGCCAGAGCGAGUGGCAACGCAAGGAGAACUUGAGUCGAAAAAUCCUUCACUACUUCAACAAAGGCAAGUGUUGGGAAUACGGCAUCUCUCUGUGUCGGGAGCUGGCUUUCCAGUAUGAGACAUUAUAUGAUUACCAGAGCCUCAGCUGGAUACGGAAAAUGGAGGCAGCCUACUAUGACAACAUUAUUGAACAGCAGCGGAUUGAACCCGAAUUUUUCCGAAUGGGCUUCUAUGGCAGGAAGUUUCCCUUCUUCCUCAGGAACAAAGAGUUUGUCUGUCGUGGCUAUGACUAUGAACGGCUGGAAGACUUCCAGCAAAGGAUGCUGGGAGAAUUUCCGCAAGCAAUCGCCAUGCAGCAUCCCAACCAACCCGAUGACACCAUCCUGCAGAGUGAUGCUCAGUAUUUGCAGAUCUAUGCAGUGACUCCAGUGUCAGACAUCUCAGAUGUGCCUCAACUGGAGCGAGUGCCCGAGAGGAUCAAGAGCUUCUACCGCAUAAACAACGUCAGCCGCUUCCACUAUGACAGGCCUUUCCACAAGGGCCCCAAGGACCGCGAAAAUGAGUUCAGGAGCCUGUGGAUUGAGAGAACCACGCUGAUCCUCUCCCGCCCUCUCCCGGGCAUCUCACGCUGGGCCGAGGUGGAAAGGAGAGAAGUGGUGGAGGUGAGCCCUCUGGAGAAUGCUAUCUACGUGGUGGAAAAUAAAACCCAGGAGUUGCGCACUCUGAUCAGCCAGUACCAGCACAGACAACAUCACGGCAACAUCAACCCGCUCAGCAUGUGCCUCAACGGGGUCAUCGACGCCGCGGUGAAUGGCGGCAUCGCCAGAUACCAAGAGGCGUUUUUCGACAAGGACUACAUCAGCAGUCACCCUGAGGACGCUGAGAGGAUCACGCACCUCAAGGACAUGAUGCAGGAGCAGGUCCACAUUCUUGGGGUGGGUCUGGCUGUUCAUGAGAAGCUGGUCCACCCGGAGAUGCGUCCACUGCACAAAAAGCUAGUGGACCAGUUCCACAUGAUGAGGACUGGGUUGCACCACUAUAUAUUUGGGACACAGCAGGGUGUGCCCGGCGUGGACCGUUUCGGCCCUGCUGGCUGCUCCGGCGUCAAUUCUACCAGAGGCGUCCUCUCCUCCCACAGCCACAUGAGCCCUGAGAGUCUGAGGCUCAUACACAGACACAGCCCUCUGAACCUACAGGGUUCGAUCCGUCACUCGUCCUCCUCGCUGUCCUCUCACACGUCGAGCGAGACAGGAACAGGAAACUUGGCCAUAAUGACGGAGGGUUUGAUGGGGGAUCACCCAGAAGAGGCCAUACACAUGCAGCCGAGCCCUUCAUCCUCCAGCCUGAGCUCGAUACGUUCCAACUCCUCCCAAAUGAUAAACUCUGCUCCCUCGAGUGCCAGAGGCUCGCCCUCCUUGCCUGACAAGGCCAAACACAACAGGGAAGUGAUGAUCCUGCUGCCAUCCCAUCGUGAAAGGGCGAACAAUUCCAUGUACUACAACAUGGCAGAAAACGGACAGAAUAACCAGGUGCAGCGUGCCUUACUGCAACAAGUUAGCCCCUGCAAACCGUGUGCAGAUCCUCACAUGACGCUGCCGGAGAAAGUGUUUCCGAAUGUGAGCAACAGCUGGAACCUGGAUGGAGAGAACAGGGACCAGGUGUCCUACAUGCCAACUUCUUCUGGAGGUAUAAUUAUGCCCCCCGUCCCUCCUCGAUCUUUCCCGCCAGGACACUUCCUGAUGCACUGCGAUGCAUUUAACUCCCAGAACAGUGAUCCUCCACCUGCCCUGCCUGUGCGUUCACUUCGAAAGUCACCCCUCCACCCAAUUCCCGGUUCCCCCACCAGCCCUCAGUCGGCUUUGGGGGGCAGUAACUCCACCCUGUCCGGCAGCGCCAGCAGCGGCGUUUCAUCCCUGAGCGAGAGUAACUUCAGCGGCCAGUAUCCCGAUCCCGGCCCCAUCAGGAAUGACGCCUUGGAGCCGCUGCCCAGCCACCUGUGGUCGCCUCCCGACGAGUACCUGGCCUCUUCCUACCUGCACAUUCACUACGGCCCAGCAGAGGUGGACUCGGUGGACCCGGUCCGCCCCUUCCACUACCGCAGCCCUACCUCGCACCCUCACGCCCACCCUCACACUCACACUCACACUCACACUCAGGCUCACGCUCACUCUGGGCUGGAUGGCCACUCCCACGGGCCGGCCGCUCACCAUCACCCGCCCACCCACGGUCCUCAUCACAUCCCCUAUCGCAGGCCUCAGCCCCCAGCCAUCCCGCCCAAGCCCUACCUGAGGGAGGGCUGCAUCCCGGAAGAGGACCUGCAGCCUCAGCCCAUUCCGCUGCCCCGCAGGAUCUUCCACUCCCCCCACGGCCACAGGGAUGAGCAGGGCAAGCACGCCUGGGAGCAAUGCAUCAGUGAGGAGCACGAGGAGGCGCAGUGAUCCCAAAAGGGGUCUUGCCUUCAUGUGCACGGAGUGGAAGUCCGGAAGGAGAGGAUGGUCCCUUGCUGCAUUUGCCAUUCAGUGCGCGCGGGGGGCGACGGUGGUGCGCGCCGCACAUCUCGACGUGUUUAAAAUAGAAAAUGAGCCAUCGAAUCAGAGGCCAGAAAAAAAGAUCUUGAUUGUACACAGUUGUACAAGUUGUCCGUGAGCAUGUUUUCCAUUUGAGAAUAAUUUGACAGCCGUUUUGUGAAGUCUAGCGACCGUGAUCACGCCUGUGCAGGAUGAACUCACAACGCAGCGUCAGGUGGUUGUUCUUCACAGUGAUGUGACUUCUUCUGCUUUCAACGCUUCACAUACAGCAAUUGUUAUUUUGAUAAAUUUGCUACACGCUUGUGUUUUCAAAAGGCGUCAUACGUCCAUUCCACUGUUAAGUGCUCCUUAAUAGUGUCUCAUGACCGGAAUGACGCGCUGUUUUCCGUGUCACGGCUAAGACGUUGAACGGGUUGCGAAGGUCGGACCGCCAUCUCAAGGGACUGACUAUUCUCCAUCCGUACCAUGCGUAUGGAAACCCACGUGAAUGUAUUCCAGAUGAUCUACUUGUACAGCAAACCUCAAAUUGCACACCUGAUUCUUCAGAUUAUUUUUUGGAUUUGAGGCUUUGUUGGGGACCUAAAGCGAUAGGCGGAGCGCAACGGCUGUGGAGUGACAGGCCGUCUGGAACGAGUCACUCCCCAAAAGCGUCAUGUUCUCCGCGAAUGAAGGCUGCAAGGACUCUUCACUUCACACCUUUCUCUGUCACGCUUUCUGCUCCCCUCUCCUUAGCCGUAUCAGAUCCUGUUAAGCAGUGAGGGCUAAACCUGGAUGAUGACACUGUCAAGCCCCCGACGCACUCAGAAAGUGUUGGAAUCGCCUACUUGCCUUAAGUGCAGUCACAUACAGUUUGACCUCUCAUCUGAACUGGAAGCUCUUCUUUGUGUUCGCUCCCUUGUCGAAAAAUGGACCCGCUCUGUGAUGCUUUUCUUUUUUUGCUAUGGUUUCAGGUUGUGGUGGAGUGCCGAUCAUUUCUUUAUCCUCUCUGCGACUCUUCUCGGUGGUGGUCUAUGACGUGAAAACGAGUCAUGUGUUUCAGGCGGAGAGCGGGCGUUGUUUGUUUCAAUGCGGUGGCUGGGAAGGUGAUGUUGAGGUGUUUAUUUUUUCUUCUUCAUCGCUUGCUUUUUAAUUUGGCAGGCGGAGGCUUUGUCUGACUACACAUUUCCAGCUGACUAGACGACAUCUAUUUUUGUAUGUGAGAUCAUAAGUGGUGUGAGCUUAUUUGCAAAGGGCCCUCGUACCGCACACGUUGCUGUACUGUAUGGAAAUCAGCCUGUGGUAAGAGAGAAACACCAUGCGAGUAUCGACAGAAGAGAACUACACAAUGAGUCGAAACUCAAAACUACCGGAACAAUUACAAUUUUCCAGUGUAAAUUCUGUUCCUGUACAUACCGCGGUAUUGUGAGAUAUUUUUGAGAAUUAAUGCAGACAUCCCCGAAAAAGGUUUAUCGUGGUUUUGUGUAUACAGUCCAUGUACUCCAGAGAUCAAUGUAAUUGAUAACUAUCUAUAAUUGGUGUUUGAAAAAGGAAGAAUUCAUUAGACUGUGGCCGUCUCCACCCUUCUUGACUAUGAGUCUCAUAUAAAUAAUUUAUACACUUUUCAAUGUGCUUUCCUGUACAUAUGGUGUUAGCAUGAUCGGACAGUGUUUGGUUGUAAAAGUGGUUUUCCUACUCCCAUAACUGCUGUGGUAUGGAAUUCAUUAACAAUGCCAAACAAUAAAGACAAUCUUUUAUCACCAUC